AUGGGGUCACAUGCCCAAUGCCCAACCAUGAGUCCUGGUUAUAGAUCUGUAUCUGUGGAUGUCAUUGAUAGUUCUAGAUCUGUAUCUGUGGAUGUCAUUGAUAGUUCUAGAUCUGUAUCUGUGGAUGUCAUUGAUAGUUCUAGAUCUGUAUCUGUGGAUGUCAUUGAUAGUUCUAGAUCUGUAUCUGUGGGUAUCAUUGAUAGUUCUAGAUCUGUAUCUGUGGAUGUCAUUGAUAAGCCUAGAUCUGUAUCUAAGGAUGUCAUUGAUAGUUCUAGAUCUGUAUCUGUGGAUGUCAUUGAUAAGCCUAGAUCUGUAUCUAAGGAUGUCAUUGAUGGUUAUAGAUCUGUAUCUGUGGAUGUCAUUAAUAGUCCUAGAUCUGUAUCUGUGGAUGUCAUUGGUGGCCCUAGAUCUGUAUCUGUGGAUGUCAUGGAUAGUCUUAGAUCUGUAUCUGUGGAUGUCAUUGGUGGCCCUAGAUCUGUAUCUGUGGAUGUCAUUGAUAGUCCUAGAUCUGUAUCUGUGAAUGUCAUUGGUGGCCCUAGAUCUGUAUCUGUGGAUGUCAUGGAUAGUCAUAGAUCUGUAUCUGUGGAUGUCAUGGAUAGUCUUAGAUCUGUAUCUGUGGAUGUCAUUGGUGGCCCAAGAUCUGUAUCUGUGGAUGUCAUGGAUAGUCAUAGAUCUGUAUCUGUGGAUGUCAUGGAUAGUCUUAGAUCUGUAUCUGUGGAUGUCAUUGGUGGCCCUAGAUCUGUAUCUGUGGAUGUCAUUGAUAGUCCUAGAUCUGUAUCUGUGGAUGUCAUUGAUAGUCCUAGAUCUGCAUCUGUGGAUGUCAUUGGUGGCCCUAGAUCUGUAUCUGUGGAUGUCAUGGAUAGUCUUAGAUCUGUAUCUGUGGAUGUCAUUGGUGGCCCUAGAUCUGUAUCUGUGGAUGUCAUUGAUAGUCCUAGAUCUGUAUCUGUGGAUGUCAUUGGUGGCCCUAGAUCUGUAUCUGUGGAUGUCAUGGAUAGUCUUAGAUCUGUAUCUGUGGAUGUCAUGGAUAGUCUUAGAUCUGUAUAUGUGGAUGUCAUUUAUGGCUCUAGAUCAGUAUCUGUGAAUGUUAUUGGUGGCGCUAGACCUGUAUCUGUGGAUGUCAUUGAUAGUUCUAGAUCUGUAUCUGUGGAUGUCAUUGAUAGUUAUAGAUCUGUAUCUGUGGAUGUCAUUGAUAGUCUUAGAUCUGUAUCUGUGGAUGUCAUUGGUGGCCCUAGAUCUGUAUCUGUGGAUGUCAUGGAUAGUCUUAGAUCUGUAUCUGUGGAUGUCAUGGAUAGUCUUAGAUCUGUAUAUGUGGAUGUCAUUUAUGGCUCUAGAUCAGUAUCUGUGAAUGUUAUUGGUGGCGCUAGACCUGUAUCUGUGGAUGUCAUUGAUAGUUCUAGAUCUGUAUCUGUGGAUGUCAUUGAUAGUUAUAGAUCUGUAUCUGUGGAUGUCAUUGAUAGUUCUAGAUCUGUAUCUGUGGAUGUCAUUGAUAGUUCUAGAUCUGUAUCUGUGGGUAUCAUUGAUAGUUCUAGAUCUGUAUCUGUGGAUGUCAUUGAUAAGCCUAGAUCUGUAUCUAAGGAUGUCAUUGAUGGUUAUAGAUCUGUAUCUGUGGAUGUCAUUAAUAGUCCUAGAUCUGUAUCUGUGGAUGUCAUUGGUGGCCCUAGAUCUGUAUCUGUGGAUGUCAUGGAUAGUCUUAGAUCUGUAUCUGUGGAUGUCAUUGGUGGCCCUAGAUCUGUAUCUGUGGAUGUCAUUGAUAGUCCUAGAUCUGUAUCUGUGAAUGUCAUUGGUGGCCCUAGAUCUGUAUCUGUGGAUGUCAUGGAUAGUCAUAGAUCUGUAUCUGUGGAUGUCAUGGAUAGUCUUAGAUCUGUAUCUGUGUAUGUCAUUGGUGGCCCUAGAUCUGUAUCUAAGGAUGUCAUUGAUAGUUAUAGAUCUGUAUCUGUGGAUGUCAUUAAUAGUCCUAGAUCUGUAUCUGUGAAUGUCAUUGGUGGCCCUAGAUCUGUAUCUGUGGAUGUCAUGGAUAGUCAUAGAUCUGUAUCUGUGGAUGUCAUGGAUAGUCUUAGAUCUGUAUCUGUGGAUGUCAUUGGUGGCCCUAGAUCUGUAUCUGUGGAUAUCAUUGAUAGUCCUAGAUCUGUAUCUGUGGAUGUCAUUGGUGGCCCUAGAUCUGUAUCUGUGGAUGUCAUUGAUAGUUCUAGAUCUGUAUCUGUGGAUGUCAUUGAUAGUUCUAGAUCUGUAUCUGUGGAUGUCAUUGAUAGUUCUAGAUCUGUAUCUGUGGAUGUCAUUGAUAGUUCUAGAUCUGUAUCUGUGGAUGUCAUUGAUAGUUCUAGACCUGUAUCUGUGGAUGUCAUUGAUAGUUAUAGAUCUGUAUCUGUGGAUGUCAUUGAUAGUUCUAGAUCAGUAUCUGUGGGUGUCAUUGAUAGUUCUAGAUCUGUAUCUAAGGAUGUCAUUGAUAGUUAUAGAUCUGUAUCUGUGGAUGUCAUUGAUAAGCCUAGAUCUGUAUCUAAGGAUGUCAUUGAUAGUCUUAGAUCUGUAUCUGUGGAUGUCAUUGAUAGUUAUAGAUCUGUAUCUGUGGAUGUCAUUGAUAGUUCUAGAUCUGUAUCUGUGGAUGUCAUUGACAGUUAUAGAUCUUUAUCUGUGGACGUCAUUGAUAAACCUAGAUCUGUAUCUGUGGAUAUCAUUGAUAGUCCUAGAUCUGUAUCUGUGGAUGUCAUUGAUAGUCCUAGAUCUGUAUCUGUGGAUGUUAUUGAUAGUUCUUAA